CCUAAAAUAUCCCUAGUAAUCCCUAAGGUAUAUAGGGUUAAACAAAAGUAAAGUUAACUAAGACCUAUUUACCAUCUGACAGGUAUGUAAAUAUUGGCCAUUUCUUGCCAUAAAUGGUAUACGUAGUCAUUUAGGGUCCCCUGUAAGAUUUCAAGGUAAUUUGCCACAGUCUACUGUUGCAUUAUGCUAGAUAGCACUGCAUCUUAUUCUGUGCUUGGGUUUGGCUUCUCCAAAGGCUCAUGUAGUUAUGAUACUCUCUUACACACAAACUGUAAUUAUCCUGUAAUACAACAUCCCAGAAUCUGUUUCCUAGAAUGAGAAUACUUAUUUUAUAUUGGUGAGACAAUGUGUCCAGGCAAGGACACACUUUUGCAUGCAAAUAUUAACAUGUUGUCGUGUAACCUGCUGUUGAAGCAGUGACAUUAUCUACCCUUUAUAUAACAUCUGGUUUCAAGUAAAUCAUCUGUAAUUAUACUGUACAGCAUCACUACUCAGCUAAAUCCCGAAUGCUGAAUUAAAGCUUACAGUGAUAAUUUGCGUUAGGCUGGAGUUAAAUGAAAACAGGUGGAGUUGUUAAUAUCAACACUUUGUUGUGUAAUAAACUUUCGGUAAGAUAAACCUGUUCUAUGUACAUUAUACGGUAAAAUAAUGACUCAGGUGUAACUUCAUGAUUGGGGUCUCAGUGACGUUCACACACUGUGAUAUAUUACCUACUCAGUGCUGAAUACAGACCAAUAAGCCUCAUGGAAAAACAAGGACAUCAAGUGCUUUGAUCAUCUCAAGAUAGGAUGACAAAGCUCUGAGGCAUCAAUUAUAUGGCUCCCAGUCCUCUAUAGAUCCUUCAGCUUUUCCUCAAGUCCCAAUUAACCAGUGAGCAGCCAGUAAGUUUCUGUAAGUCUCUUGACAUCAAGCUCUCUGAUUCACUGAGGCAGAAAAAACGGUAGAGAAGGCAAAAGUACUAAUUGUGCAGCAUCAUUCUGCAGUUACAGACUACAGACAGUCAUCUAGCACAGUAAUCUGAUGGAGCAGAGUGUUUUCCCCCUGUUUGUGCUAAGGAUCAUAAUUUCUGUCAUUGGCAUAGUAGGAAAUGGGGUCUUGAUCAUAUCAAUCCUCCACCUGACACGAGUGAAGACAUUCGAAAUUUUCCUGCUUGGACUGGCUAUCACAAACUUUGCGGAGAUUAUGCUUGUGGACCUCUAUGAUGCCAUUGUCCAAUCUAUACAAACCGUAAGCAUUUUCUCCUGUGUUGCGCUAAAAUUUCUAAAUAUCUGUGGAGAAAAUGCCAGCAUCUUUUUCACAGUGCUUAUCAGCUUCUACCGCUAUCAGAAGAUACACAACGCUGCCAUGCGGAUAAUCGCACCUAUCUUUAUGGAUAGCAGGGAAGCUGCAAUUGGUCUUAGUAUGGGGUGCAUUUUGGUAGCUGUGCUUUUAGGUCUGCCGACUUACUUCAUAAACCAGGACACAUGGCAUAUGGAAAAUUCCACUACAGAAGUCUGUCCAGCAGAUUUUUUCCAAUGUCCAGAAGGUCACUGUCCCACUGUAAACAGCAUUUACAAGUACCUUUUUAUCACCAUCUGUCAUGUAUUGCCUCUCAUCAUUGUCACAUGGACAAGUGUCUUAAUCAUCAAGAUUUUAAUAAUUCAGCAAAAGGCGGUGGAUGCACUGCACGAGUCAGAUCCAGGUGCCGUAGCCGUCCACCAUCAUCACGAGCAUGAUGUGUUCCACCGGAGCACCAUCGGCAUCCUGGCUGCAAUGACACUCUUCCAGGUGGACUGCAUUUUGUAUCUGAUUCUUCACUUCGUGUAUAACCCAUAUGACUUUCCUGCUUGGUCAGAGCUGGAGUUCUUCAUCACGACGCUUUAUACAGGUAUCAUCCCCUAUAUUUAUGGUACGGGACAUAACUUUUUCAGCGUGAAACAUUUCAUGAAAGCAUAA